CAUCCCAUAAUCAAAUGAAAAAUAAUAUGGGGAAAUGGAGGAAAAGAAUUAAAAAAAUUCGAAGAACAUGAAUUAUUGUGAAUGGAUUACAAAUAUUGAAAAUUGUAAUUAAAUUAUAAUUGAUGUGACUCGGGGAAAAAAGUGAGUAAAGUGAAAAAGUUUGUCGGAGGUUAUAGCUAACGUCGAAUAUCUUUCCAACCAUUUUCAACCUUUAGCCGCCUAUAGAAAAUUUUGACAUGAAAAUAGCCUCACAGUUGAACUGCGUCAUCAGCUGAUGCAGUCGUUCCUUCAAUUUUAAUUAAGCAGGACAGAAAAAGUAAGAAAUAACGAGAGAGAUAAAAUAUAUAUUAAUGUAACGUAUCAUCAUUACAAAAUCUAUACGAUCUUUAUAUACGUCCAUUUCUGUAUAUUGAGAGGGGGAGAGAGAUCGACACUUAUGUACAUGUAUAUAGUACAUAUUUCAAUAUAGGAUUUGUCGGGUACAAAUUUCAUUUUUUUUUGUCGAAUUAAUAUUAUAAUUCGCUUGAAAAAACAGUAAAAUGGCUGAUAAUGCAUUGGGUGAACUCAGCAGUGAUCAAACGGAAAAGGUUCUUCAAUUCCAGGAUCUGACGGGAAUUGAAGACCUCUCUAUUUGUCGGGAUGUUUUGCAAAGGCACAAUUGGAACUUGGAGGUUGCAGUACAGGAGCAACUCAAUUUGUACGAAGGCAGACCAUCCAUGUAUGCACAAGACUCAAGAGCAAGACCACCAGCUGUUGUCGACGAUACCAAUUCGAGAAUUUAUUUCAGCCCAUCCGGAAGUUCUGGAAGUAGUGGUGGUUUUUUAUCGUUUAUAUUUUCCAUGUGUUAUAAUUUAGUUACAAGUAUUCUGCACAUUCUAUUUGCUAUAUUCAGGACGAAUGUGAGACCGGUAUCGGCCGAUCCUGUCCAAGAUGUCGUCAGAUUCAUAAAUUUAUUUGAGGAGAAGUACGGUGUGAAUCAUCCAGUAUUCUAUCAAGGAUCGUACAGUCAAGCCCUUUCUGAUGCUAAACAAGAGUUGAGAUUUUUACUCGUUUAUCUUCAUAAAGAUGAUGCACAGACUGUCGAGCAAUGGUGCAGAAGGAUUCUCUAUUGGAAGGCCUCUCUACUAAAGAUUUCUUUGACUAAUGCAGAGUUGAUUCGUUUCAUCAACACUCACACACUAUUCUGGGCUUGUAAUAUAAAAUCUGGAGAGGGUUACAAAGUAGCUGAAGCACUGAAGGCUGGUACUUAUCCAUUCCUCGCUCUGAUUGUUUUGAAAGAGAACAGGAUGACUAUCGUGGGAAGGCUGGAAGGGACCCCCUCAGUAUCUGAACUGAUGGUUCGCCUCAAAACUAUAAUUGAUAAUAAUGAAAUCAAUUUAAUUCAAGCACGUCAUGAAAGAGCUGAACGCAGUGCAAAUCAGUCGUUGAGACUUCAACAAGACCAAGCCUAUGAAGAGUCUCUUCGGGCAGAUCAAGAAAAAGAUCGUCGAAGAGAGGAGGAGAAGAGAGCGAAAGAGGAACGAGAAGCACAGCAAAGAGCUGAAAUAGAUGCUCAGGAGAUGGAAAUUCAACGUAUUCAACGUGAGAAGGAAUUAGCUGUUCCAAAAGUACCUGUUGAGCCUGAACAGGGCCAUCCAAAUUCUUGUCAUCUUCAGAUUAAACUGGGUGAAAGAACAAUUAUUCGAAGGUUUCUCAUGUCAAAUACGGUUGAGGAUGUUUACUACUGGAUAUUCAGUCAACCAGAUUCGCCAGUCAACUUCGAAAUAACUACGAGUUAUCCAAAGAGAAUUCUCUACCCAACAGUGGAAAUUUUAAGCCUCUUCAAAGCUGGUCUCACGCAUAGAGAGGUCCUACACGUUAAUGAUUUAGAUGAUUAACAAAGAUUUAGGAAAAACAAAAUUAAUUGUUUUUCUUUUGGAAAAUUUUUAAUGCUGUAUGGCAUAUAGAGAGACUCAGACCGACUAUACAUACUUUAUCUCAAAAUAUUUUAUGCUUCGAGUUCAUUUGGUUGUGCACUAGUUUUCAUUUGCCAAAGUAAAAAUUGCUCUUUUCUCCAAUGUCUGACAUAAAAAUUUGACAAGCGAUUUUUUCUUCUUUCUUGUUUACUCAUUGCGGGCGAUAAAGACAAAAUUAAAUAUAAUUCAUUCAACAAUAACGUGAAUCAAUUUAAUACAAUGAUAUCAAUGCGAUGAAUCAUUUUAUGGAGCUUACACUGAGAAAAAUAAUUAUUUUUGCUUAAUAUUUAUGGACUUCAGCGAAGUAUUAAUUUUAUCAAUAUUGUGUUUCCUGAUUAGGUUUUAAUUAUGUUAAUUAUAUUAUUCUAUAACUUCUUUAAUAAUUGUAAACAUUGAAAAGUUCAUCGAAAUUCUUUCCUCUCGAAAAUCAGAAGUUUAGAAAAAUGAGAAAUCAUUAAGAGAUUUUAUUUAAGGUUCUGUGCAACAUAGACAUUCUCAAGAGCAACAAUAUAAUUUUGGAAAAACAUAUUUCUCACAUGUCAAUGAAUAUUUGGCAGAAAUCAUUCUUUUUACUCAGUGCAUCACAAUUUCCCGCAAUAUUAUUAGAAAAUGAAUGGCAGCACGCAUUUUUUUUUUGUUUUCCAACGAUUAUUCAUGUGUAAUAUCGAAAGGCAUUUAUCAAUUUUCCGAUCUUCUAAUGGAAUACAUUUGGAUUUUUAUUUGUUCUCUUCAUAUUUAUUAGUAUCGCCAUCAACUAGGCAUUGUUGUAUACCUGUGGAAUCAUAUGAGAUACAUCAUGAAAUUGACCUUCAAAUUAUUGUAUAAAAAUUUGAAUUUUUGCGUUUUUUUUUCAAAUACAAUAAGAUUUUAUAAUAACUUUGUAAUAAGCACAGAGAGAUAUGAUUGUGCUGAGUGAGACGAAGUGAUGAAACCGUAAGAGAGACAAAAUGAAUAUUGAAUGAAAUUAGUCAACGUUUCUAUUACAAUAUUAAGAAUAAAGUAAUAAUGAAAAAUAAAUCUACCAUAAUUUUAUAAAUCAAUUUCACUUGUCAAUACACGAGUGAAUAAUUUCUUUUGUCAUUCAAUUCUCGAAGAACAUGUCAAAGAUGAGGAUUUCUAUUUCAAUUUUCGGUGGAAUAGAAAUAAAACUUACAUAAAUGAGCAAAAUUGCAAUAAACAAUCCAUUGCAGAACAAAA